AUGUCUUCUCCAAAGACCAAACCUCUUGAUGGGGCCGGCAAAGGGACUAAGACGAACCCCUAUGUGUUUGCCUUUGGUAUAGUAGGAGCGGCUAUAACUUCUAUGUUUCUCAUGUUUGCUAUCAUUAUCUCUGGCACGUCCUUCAUUUGGCCUUACGUGUCUGAUGUACACUCCAACAGUCCUCAAGCCAGAUCUGGUCCAGGGCUCAACUCUAUACUGCCUGCACCAUGUCACUCACAUAAUGACUACUGGAGACUGGCCCCAUUUCACUCAGCCAUAGAUGCUGGUUGUAUCGGCAUAGAAGCAGAUGUCUGGGCUGUCCAAGAUGAGCUCUAUGUCGGCCAUGAUCUGGGCGGUCUAUCGACGGACAGAACUUUGUCAUCGAUGUAUAUCCGACCGCUAAUGGAGUUACUGCAGUCUCAAAACUUAGACAUGGAUCCGAGUCUUCCGCCUCGAGGUGUGUAUGGUCGCAAACCAGACCAGACGGUGGUGUUGCUGGUGGACCUGAAGUCAAAUCCCAACACAUCAUGGCCAUUGUUGCUCGAGAGACUGGAGCCGCUUCGCCAAAAGGGUUGGUUAAGUCAUGUUCACGAUGGAAAGUUCGUCUCCGGGCCCAUUACAGUGGUGGGAACAGGCGAGACUGAGCUGCACCUGGUGAAUGAGGCUACCCCUUCACGAGACGUCUUCUUGGAUGCGCCACUUGACCAAUUGGAGGACGGUCGAUACACAGACUUGAACUCGUAUUACACAAGUGUCUCAUUUGAGAAGUCGAUUGGAAAGGUCGGUUCAAAAGGCCUCAAGCCCGAGCAACUGGCAAAAUUGCGGAACCAAAUCUCUCAGGCUCAUAGUCGAGGACUCAAAGCGCGAUAUUGGGGUUUGCCAUAUUGGCCGCUCCAGGUGCGGAAUCAGCUCAGAGAGUUAUUGAUUGAUGAGGGCGCAGAUGUCUUGAGUUCAGACGAUCUAUGGGAGGCAAGGGACAUUUUUGCUAAAAGAGGAUAUAUGAUUGAGUAG